CGCCGCACCGCUGGGGUGUGGAGGGUAAGCGCUGCGCGGCCCAGGCGGCUGGCACGGCGGGCGGGGAGGGGCGGCGGAGGCGGCCGCCUCCCGGCCCCGGCGGGCUGCCCCGGCCGGUGGGCGGCGCCGGGCGGUGAGAAGCAGGGGGCGCCUCGCCCGCCAGCCCCGGCCCCCCUCCCGGGGUGUAUAUAGCGGCGGCGCGGAGCGGCGCGGAUCCCGCGGUGGGCAAGAUGGCGGCCGCCGCCAGCACGCAACCCCCAGAGCCGCCGAAGCUGCAGCAGCUGCUGAAGCGGGACCCCUACCUGAGCCCCUUCGAGACGGACUUCAAGCGCAGGUAUUCUCUGUUUUAUAACCACUUGAAGAACAUUGAGGAAAAUGAAGGAGGCCUUGAUAAAUUUUCAAAAAGUUACAAAACCUUUGGAGUUAACCAGUUGUUGGAUGGUGGAAUAUAUUGCAGAGAGUGGGCACCGGGAGCAGAAGCAGUGUUUCUCACAGGUGACUUCAAUGACUGGAAUCCGUUUUCUCAUCCAUAUAAGAAGUUGGAGUAUGGGAAGUGGGAGUUGUUCAUUCCACCAGGACAAGAUGGUUGUCCUCCUGUGCCCCAUGGAUCAAAGCUAAAGGUGGUGAUUCGUGCUCAAAAUAGCGAUCUCCUCUAUCGUAUUUCACCUUGGGCCAGAUAUGUAGUCCGUGAUGAAGACAAAGUGAAUUAUGAUUGGGUCCACUGGAGUCCACCACAGUCAUAUAUACAUAAGCAUCCUUCCCCCAAGAGAUUAAAAAGCCUAAGAAUCUAUGAAUCUCACGUGGGAAUUGCUUCCCCAGAAGGAAAAGUAGCUUCUUAUAAAAACUUCACAUACAAUGUACUACCUAGAAUAAAGGAUCUUGGAUAUAACUGUGUCCAGCUGAUGGCUAUUAUGGAACAUGCAUACUAUGCCAGUUUUGGUUAUCAGGUCACAAGUUUCUUUGCAGCGUCAAGCCGCUAUGGAACUCCAGAUGACCUGAAAGAAAUGAUUGACGUUGCUCACUCAAUGGGGAUCACUGUUCUGCUGGAUGUUGUGCACAGCCAUGCAUCAAAAAACUGUGAAGAUGGUCUCAACAACUUUGACGGUACAGAUUCUUGUUUCUUCCAUUCUGGUCCUAAAGGAACUCAUCAGCUUUGGGACAGCAGGCUCUUUGACUAUGCAAACUGGGAAGUUUUGAGAUUCCUUUUGUCUAAUUUGAGAAUGUGGAUUGAAGACUAUGGCUUUGAUGGCUUCCGAUUUGAUGGUGUUACAUCUAUGCUGUAUCACCAUCAUGGGAUUGGCACAGGAUUCAGUGGAGGUUACCAUGAAUAUUUUGGUCUACAUGUGGAUGAGGAUGCUUUGUGUUACUUAAUGCUGGCCAACCACAUGAUUAAUUCCUUGCAUCCGGAAUGCAUAACCAUAGCAGAAGAUGUUUCUGGAAUGCCAGCUCUUUGUCGUCCUGUUGAAGAGGGAGGAGGAGGUUUUGAUUAUCGACUAGCAAUGGCUAUUCCCGAUAAGUGGAUACAGAUAAUUAAGGAGCUGAAAGAUGAAGACUGGAAUAUGGGCAACAUUGUCCAUACACUAACAAAUAGACGGUAUGAAGAAAAAUACAUUGCAUAUGCAGAGAGUCAUGACCAGGCACUUGUUGGUGAUAAGACACUGGCGUUUCGACUGAUGGAUGCAGAGAUGUAUACAAACAUGAGUGUGCUCUCGCCUCUUACUCCAGUUAUUGAUCGUGGAAUACAGCUUCAUAAAAUGAUUCGUCUCAUUACUCAUGCACUUGGAGGAGAGAGUUAUCUGAAUUUCAUGGGUAAUGAAUUUGGACAUCCAGAAUGGCUCGACUUCCCCAGAAUAGGGAAUAACGAGAGCUACCACUAUGCCAGAAGACAGUUUAAUCUUACUGAAGAUCAUCUUCUUCGCUAUAGAUUCCUAAAUUCAUUUGAUAGAGAUAUGAAUAAAUUGGAAGAAAGAUUUGGCUGGCUUGCAUCUCCCCCGGCCUAUGUGAGUGAAAAGCAUGAAUCAAAUAAGGUCAUAGCAUUUGAGAGAGCAGGUCUUGUUUUUAUUUUCAACUUCCAUCCGUAUCAAAGUUACGUGGACUACAGAGUGGGUAUUGAAACUCCAGGAAAGUAUAAAAUCCUUCUUGAGUCUGAUGCUGCAGAAUAUGGAGGUCAUCAAAGGCUGGACCACGGCACGGAGUACUUCUCUGAAGAAUAUCCCCACAAUUAUCGACCUUAUUCACUUAUGGUGUACAUUCCGAGCAGAGUGGCUCUUGUGCUUCAGAAUAUGGAUAUCCCAAAAUGAAGUUGUCUGUAACUGUCGCUGAAGAAGCAAGUCAUAGAAGAAGUGCUGAUACGCUGUACUAGUACUAAGUAUAACAAAACUUGCUCUAAGGAAGCUUUCUGAAACUGAGUAUAGUAAUAUUAGGUCUUUAAAACUUAAGAUUAUAUUCACAUAUAAUUGCAGAGCUCUUGACUUGCUAGAGCCUCUUUUGAGGAAACUUUACAAAAGAGGCAGAAAGGAAAAUGUUGGUUUUGUAGUUCUAGUAGUACAAAAUUACACUUAAGAUAUUGCAAAGCAGCAGGUAUUCUCAAUUAAAUUGUUGUUUACAGAAUUCUAUCAUGAAUAACAAGAGUGAUUCUGCUCCAAAGUUUGUAAUUUCUUAUAAUCCUCUCUUUGAUAGUGAAUUCAAAUGUUCACGAUAUAUUAAUGCUUCUUACUAAAAGUAAGUAGUUUGCUUAGAUAAAACAGAAGUUUUUGGCUAAAAGGCAGCCUUAACGGUUUGUGGGACCUGAUUUGAGGCUCCUCUUCUUCAGUGAAGUCCAACACAGAAUUAAAAAUAGAUAUCGAAAUGUAUGAGAAGGUCCUCUGAGACUAUUGUAUGUUGCCAAUUCUUAUUUAAUUAAAAUUGCACAAAAAUGCUGAAAAGCAAAAUCAGCAGGCCAAUUGACUGGUGAUCUGCUGAUGCUAUUGUGUGUUGCUUAUUUGCUCCCGCUCAAAUUGCUUAGUCUGUGCAUCUCACUUGCUACAGCUGCAACAAAGGACACAACUAUUUUAUUUAACUGACUAAAAUGUUCAGUGAGAAGUGUUUUUUGUUCUUACUGCAAUGAUACCACACUAGAAGAUGUUCUUAAAAUGUAAUUCUUUCCACUGCAUUUAUUUCACAAAUGUCAGGACCUUGCAGUACUGAUUCCUCUAUUUCCAGGAGCUGCCUUUCAGCUUGGAACAUGAUAAUGUUCUUGCACUUUUGUAACUUUUGAAACAUUGCUUCUCAUGAAGAAGCAGUCUCAAAAUACAGUGAUCAAACUAAGGUGGUUUUUUUUCCAUAAAAUCAAGGUAGUUAAUUAUUGGAGUGCUGCUAAGAUUAUUCAAGUGAGUUCUUUCAUGAGCUACAACCUUUUUGUAAAGAGUAAGAUUUUGUAUAUUUGAAAAUGUAUUGCAGAGUGUUCUGGAAAAAUAAUACCAAAAUUAACGAGACAUGCUUUAUUUUGUUCCAUUUAUUUAAAAACAUAUUUGAAUUGGUUCUGAAAUGAAUGUCUUUUGUACAAAUCUGAUUUUCUAACUUUUAAAGUAGCCAAAGAGGAAGAUGUCCGUGACCAUUUCCAAGUCAUAAUUUUACCCAGUAUCUUCGUGAACCAUUGUGUAAAUUACUGAAGAGUUGUGCCAACACUGAAAAUCUAUUCACGGUUCUUGGAAUGCUUGCUUGUGCUUACUUCUUAAGCAAAAUAAGGGAUAUGAUGGAAUAAUGCAGCAUGACGGAAAACAGUCUUUAGCAGAGUUCACGCUGAAAGGACUUUUAUGAAGAUCCCCAGUCUGCUAUGUUCUGUGUGACAGAAUUUUAUAUGGCAGUUGAGUAUCAUAAUACUGUUUAGGAUCAUGCUUCAUUUUCCUCUACACCGGGUUUGAUCAUUGUUUGGUAGUGGGCUAAUAAAAGCAUUCCCAUUACACUAAGACUUUAAAGAAAAUACACUGAACUGUUUUAGCAACUGGAACUCAUUAUCUUCUUUUUUUUUUUUUUCCCAGAUUGUUUUCCUUGUAGUGAAAUAACGAGCAACUUCUAAUACAUGUUACAUUUACAUUGUAUUGAUCUAAUAUGUUUUAUAGGGUGGUUCGUUUUUUUACUGGCACCAGUUCCAGGUUUCAAAAUGUAAUAAUGCAAGGCAAGUGUCUGUGUCAAAACUUUUUUUCAAGAGGAGGAAUAAAUGUAUGAUGUGAAGUAUAAACUAUGUAAAAUUACAUGCAAAAUAAACUCUGAGGAGGAUAAAACAAA